UUCUCCGUCCACGAACCGAGCGCGAUCGAGCAGCUGAGAGAGCACUUGGAAACGAUUGACUUCGCAGAACGAAAUUCGUCAAAUAACGCCGAUUGUGCAACUUUGGCCGCAGUUGGUUUUUGCGACGCGUUUCUUCGACCGCCGAAGGCUCGCGCCGACCGCCGAGAUGGCCCCGACGGCGCCCCAAAUCCUCGUCUUCCUGCUUUCCGUCUGCCUGCUCCUGCAAGUUGCUUCCUCAGCGGCCAAGGGUAAAGCAUGCCAGUUCGCCGACAUCGAGGCGUGCGGAAAAAACGAGAUGUGCGUUCAAAGUGUCAACAAGGGUUCGGACGGCGUCUGCCAGUGCAUCCCAGGUUACGGCAGGAAUCAGGGCGAGUGCGUCGGAGAGCACCCUGUGCCCUCAACCACCCCAGGCUCGUUGCCCACAGCGUCUCCACACACGAAUGGACCUGACCGACAUGACGCUGUUGUGGGCCACAUACUGGUUCCGGUGCUCCUGGUCUUAACCUUGGUAAUCGUGCUGGUCUACCUUGGCCACAGGUACAACUGGCCGGCUCGAGCGCGACUCCUUGCUCAAAGAGCGAUGGCAUCCAGGAGGACCAACGACGUCCUGAUCCGAGGGCCGGAUGACGACGACGACCCAAUAGCGUGAGACAGGUCGGCCCAAAGCUGUGUUUAGAGGGACGCUGUCGAGUGCGACUGCAGCUUGUGGGUGAUUCGAUUGGCUUUUCGGAGAGUGCGAGGCGGAAAACGAAAGUAGCCACCCUCAAUAUUUUGUACCAAAUGAUAUGAGAAGAAUAUUCCAUUUUUUGUAAAGAAAUCCAAUUAUAUAUACAUCAAACCAAGUAUAGACAAAGACCGAAGAGAUAGGUUUAGAGAUUGUGACUGGAAUCAAAACCAGGCGUGAAAAGAAGGCGAAUGUUUUUUUAUGAAAAAAUAAUAAUUGAUGUUCACGAAGAUGUAAUAUGAAAUAAUCACCGUUUUAAUUCCAUCUUUGUUCCCAAGCUGAUGCUAUGUUGUAAAGGCGCUCGAGAAACACACACUCAGUCAUUAAUUUAAUUUUGUAGCAAACACUGUGAUGAAGAUAAUUAUAUUUCUGUUACAUUGCUUGACUGUUUUAGUUGUAAGUAAUAACAAAUAAAUAAGUACUGUAAAAUCAAUGCUGUAUUGAAUAUUAAAGAAAAAACGAAAUAUAAACUCAAGUCGCCGCACUUUUUUUA